CCCCCACGCACAUCUUGCCAUCUCGGGUUCUCUUGGGAAGCCAGCCAGGCCAGCAGCCGAAAUCUCUGCCCAAGCCCCGAGAUUCCCGUUCUCCUCCGGCGUCUGUCGUCUGCACACAUCCGCCCGACCCACCCCUCCUCUCGCCUCUACCCGUACUCCUCUCUCAUCAAACAUGAAGGCUCUCAUUCUCGUUGGAGGCUUUGGAACCCGUCUGCGGCCCUUGACCUUGACCCUGCCCAAGCCCCUGGUUGAGUUUGCCAACCGUCCGAUUGUCCUCCACCAGAUCGAGGCUCUCGUCAAGGCCGGCGUCACCGACAUUGUUCUGGCGGUCAACUAUCGUCCCGAGAUCAUGGUCAACUUCAUGAAGAAAUACGAGGAGAUCUACAACAUCAAGAUCACCUUCUCUGUCGAAGAUGAGCCUCUGGGAACGGCUGGCCCUCUCGCCCUGGCCCGUGAGGUUCUCGCCAAGAACGACGAGCCCUUUUUUGUCUUGAACUCGGACGUCAUCUGCGACUUCCCCUUCACCGAUCUCGCGGCCUUCCACAAGCAGCAUGGUGGCGAGGGAACCAUUCUUGUCACCAAGGUCGAGGAGCCCUCAAAGUACGGUGUCGUCGUCAACCACCCCAAUUCGUCGGCCAUCGAACGUUUUGUCGAGAAGCCGCAGGAGUUUGUCUCCAACAAGAUCAAUGCCGGCAUCUACAUCUUUAACCCUGCCAUCCUGGACCGCAUCGAGCCCCGCCCCACCUCCAUCGAGAAGGAGAUUUUCCCCGUCGUUGCCAAGGAGAAGAAGCUGCACUCGAUGGAGCUCCCCGGCUUCUGGAUGGAUGUUGGCCAGCCCAAGGACUACCUUGUCGGCACUGGUCUCUACCUGACCUCUGUCUCCAAGAAGUCGCCCCAGUCCCUCUCGACAGGGCCUUCGUUCAUCGGUCACGUCCUCGUUGAUCCCUCAGCAAAGAUCGGCCAGAACUGCCGCAUCGGCCCUAACGUCGUCAUCGGCCCCAAUGCUGUCAUUGGCGAUGGCGUGCGCAUGUCCCGAACUGUCGUUCUUGAUGGCGCUCAGGUCAAGGACCACUCGUGGCUGCAGUCCACCAUUGUUGGCUGGCACUCGACCGUUGGACGCUGGAGCCGUCUGGAGGGCGUGUCCGUUCUCGGUGACGACGUCCACAUUGCCGACGAGAUCUUCAUCAACGGAGGCUGCAUCCUCCCUCACAAGAGCGUCAGCACAAGCAUCCCCGAGCCCUCGAUCAUCAUGUAAACCAGUCCGUGACCUGCGAACAAUGCCUCCGCCAGUGAGCAGGACGGCGAUAUCCCCUUGCCCAUGCGGUCGCAUCGCUGCCCUCUAUCU